UUCAGAAGCUAUGCGAUAAAAUAAACACCAACGUGGCCAAAAACUACAAUACACCGAAUUCCCUAGUUGUGUGUGCGUCGUACUCUCCCAUUUGACCGGUAAAGAUAUACCAGUGAAGAGGGAUUUGACAAACAGACUGUCACUAUGAGCAAGGACAAGAUUACCAUGGGUGACAGUAGUUGCAGCAACGGGACCCACCACUCGGUGGCGGUGCAGUCAGACCCACAGCUGUUUGAGGCCCAGUUUGAGGAGCUGGUGACCGAGCUCACAGAGCAGGACUUCACAGACUCUGUCCUCGCUGACGCUCUCAUCAGACUCCGAGAGGUGUUGCAUUACAACACUCCUGGAGGAAAAAGAAACAGAGGUCUGUCUGUGAUUGGCUCUUUGAGGGAGCUUGUUCCUCCCACUGAGCUGACCCAGGAUGCUGUGCGACGGGCCCUGCUGGUUGGCUGGUGCAUUGAGCUGCUCCAGGCGUUCUUCCUGGUAGCUGAUGACAUCAUGGAUGCUUCAGUGACUCGGAGAGGUCAGCCCUGCUGGUACAAGAGGGAGAGAGUGGGUCUGGAUGCCAUCAAUGAUUCCUUCCUCCUGGAGGGAUCCAUCUACAGACUACUGCGCAGACACUGCAGGGCACAGCCCUACUACGUACACCUAUUGGAGCUCUUCACUGAGACGUCCUUCCAGACCGAGCUGGGCCAGGCACUGGACCUGAUGACUGCUCCUCCUGGUCAAGUAGACCUCAACCGCUUCACCAUGGAGAGAUAUAAGGCCAUAGUAAAGUACAAGACUGCCUUCUACUCCUUCUACCUCCCUGUGGCAGCAGCCAUGUACAUGGCGGGCAUCGACAGUGAAGAGGAACACAACAACGCCAAACAUAUCUUACUGGAGAUGGGAGAGUUCUUCCAGAUACAGGAUGACUACCUGGAUUGCUAUGGCGACCCGGCGGUGACAGGGAAGAUUGGAACAGACAUCCAGGACAACAAAUGCGGCUGGCUGGUGGUGACUGCUCUAGGGGUCAUGACCCCAGUACAAAGGGCAGAGCUGGAGUCAUGUUAUGGUCGGCAUGACAGUGUGGAGAAGGUGAAAGCACUGUACAACACCCUACAGAUGCCCACCCUGUACCACCAAUACGAAGACGACAGCUAUCAGCGCUUACAGAAACUCAUCGCGCGUCACGCCCAAAACCUUCCACGCGCAGUUUUCCUCAACUUCGCCAAGAAAAUCUACAAGAGAAACAAGUGAAGACUAUGAUGAGAAGACUGUUUUUAUUUAGUGUGUGUGUUGCACUGUAGCUGGGACUGAGGAGGGCUAGUUGGUGUGGCUGCUUCCAUUUCGGUCCCUUGCCCCGUGGGGUUAAGGGCUAGGGCAGGGCUCUCCAACCCUGGUCCUGGAGAGCUACCAUCCUGUAGGUUUUCGCUCCAACCCUAAUCUAACACACCUGCUUGUAAUAAGAGUGGAAACCUACAGGAGGGUAGCUCUCCAGGAACAGGGUUGGGGAGCCCUGGGUUAGGUUAAGGGUCUAGGGACCUAAAUAGAACAGGGCUUUAGUUUGGACUGCGAGUGAACCUGGUUGAGGCCAGUCAGUCUUAAACCUGGUCUUCACGGACCCCUGUGUGUGCCUAUUUUUGUUGUCCAUAAUAUGAUUUUCAAUUAUGUACAGAAUAACUGAUUACUCAAACUGGGAAUACCAUGUCAUCAAAAAGUAUGUCUGUCUCUGUAUCAAUCUCUUUAUUUAUUGAUGAUGACGUGAGUAUGACAUGUCACUGUUAGCAGCUGUCUGCCAUAGAAUCCUGUGGGUUUGAUGAUGAUUAUGAUGAUGGCAGGGAGUGACAUUGGUUGAUGAUCACAUCAAUCAGGAUGACAACCUGGGGCCCUGUUUAGCAGAGGGCUCUGGUCUCUACCGGCAGAGUGAAUGGACUAGAGCAGGAAGCUGCCUGAAAGGAACAAUCCUGCUGUCUCUCACACCAUGUUCUGCUGUCUCUCACACCAUGUUCUGCUGUCUCUCACACCAUGUUCUGCUGUCUCUCACACCAUGUUCUGUCUUUGUAUUUUGUUUUCUCUAUCUCCCUCUGUGUAUAAUCAUCUCUUUCUAAUUACUACUGUACAUACCUGCUGUUGACAAUAUGGCAUCUUAUUGCUUUUAAUAAAGAAAUGUGACCAACA